AUACUUAACCGCGAUAGCCAAUCAGCGUUGAGCUUGACCCGACGUCACUGGCAGAGAGACGGAGAGGACAGAACCGCAAUGGAGGACCAAAACCUCAUCGUCGCUGUGUGCAGCCGUCCUGUCCUUUACAACACCAGGAUGGUGUCGUACCGGGACAGGAACAAGAAAGAGAGGGCGUGGGUCGACGUGGCCGAGGAUACUGGCUGUCCUGGUAAGAUCAGUGAAUAAUGUGUGUGUGUAUUUUGCUUUGCUUCAGCUAUCGGUUGUGUUCUACGAUGAAAAAAGUUAGCGCCGGUUAGCGGUAGCAACAGUUAGCAGUAAUAUUAAGUGAUACUACUACAACAGACUGUCCCGCUUGUCAGGUUACACAACUUAAUAUGUAUAUAUGUUCUUGUCAGUGGACGUAUGUCGCAGGAGGUGGAAGUCGCUCAGGGACAGGUACUUACGACACAAAAAGAGUGAAAAGGAGGGGAAAAAGAGCGGGUCAGCGGCAGGGACAGUGACGAAAUGGAAAUUCGCUGGGGUCCUGUCCUUCCUCGACCCCUUUGUCACCCCGAGGGAGACCAGCAGCAACUUACCUCGGGGGGCAGAGGAGGUAGAGGAGGACGGGGCUCCAGAUACACUGUCAGGGGCAGGAGAAGAGAGGAGCUUGAGGAGGCAGCAGCAGGGCCAUCGCACAUAGCAGACCAGCCCAGCAGUGAGUCAGAGACAGAGGACACUGCUCCUGCUCCUGCUCCUGCUCCUGCCCCUGUCCCUGCCGCUGGCCCUUCCCGUGUACCUGUCCCUGAGGCUGGCCCUGCCCCAAGACCACAGAGCGGGACGAAGAGGAAGAGAGCCAGGGUACCGGAGGGGAACACAAAUAUCCAGACAGCCAUCCUCCAGGCCCUGCAGAGGCAAAACGCUGUGCCUACCCCUACCCCGCUCUCUGGGAUUGAGCACUUUUUAAUGGGCCUAGUUCCUUCCCUGGAGAGAAUGCCACCUGAAGUACUGGAGUACGUUCAAUUCCAAAUUCGAAAGGUCAUAUUUGACAAUACUAAUUUCACACUUAAUUUGGAACCUGUUUAAGCUUAUUAGCUAGUGGUGGUGACAAUCUCUCCAGGGAAAGAACUAGGCUGAUGUCACUGUUCAUUUGUUAUUGUUCCGUUAUGUUUAUAUUAUAUUGUUUGUAUGUUAUUUUUGUUAUUUAUAUAAUUAUUUUUUAAAUAAAAUAUUUCUCACAA